CCAAAAAAUCUCGCCUGAAUGCAGAAGACGUAUUGAAUAUUCGUAAUUAACUAAUUGAACUUGGAGGUGGAUGGAGCGACGUCAAGCUAUAUCUCAGUGGCUGUAGCAAAUUAUGAACAUUCGAUAAUGUUAGUGACUAGAACAGGUUUAUUAAUCAGUAAAAUACAGCUGUUGGUGAAAUAUAUUUUGAGUUUUUUUUUUUCAUGUAACAUUCACUUUCGAGCUAUAAUUCAAAAUUAAAUUAAUUACUCGGAAUCUAAAUAUGUGAAUAGUAUAUAUUGAAACGGUGAUUUAGGCAAGCGAUAAUAAAUAAGCAUAAGGGUCAAAAUGAUUAGCUAGGAAUGAAACAAUGUCACUCACCAGGCAUGAAGACGUUUAGAUUUUUAGAAAAUCUUGCAAAUACCAUAUAUAAGAGGAUGAGAAGCUUAAUUGCUGGAAUAAUUCCUAAAAUAAAAUGAGGUUGUGUUCAAACCAUCGGAGUAUUGUUAUGUGGAACUUUCACAUUAUGCAAUAUGUAUGUGACCCAGUUUUGAAUUAUUCGCUUUAAAUGCCCUAUUACACUCAUUUCGUAAUAUUUUGUUUUGUUGUUUGCCUGAAAAGGCGUUUUUCAAGAGAAUUCCCCUGUCAUGUAUUAUAUAUGUUUCUCUCAUCAUUCAGUACCAUACCUUUAAACUGACUGGAAAAAUUCAGUUGCUCGAUCAUAGGGGUGGGCUACUUUUUUCGGCUCGCGUGCCAAAAUCGGCAAAAUUUAACGACAAAAUUCUUCCGCGUGCCGACCAAAAAACAAUUCGUUGCUACGUUCAAAGAAAAGAUACACAAUAAUAAACCUUCUGAACAUGUACAGACAGAUUCACUAUUCUGGGAAAUAUCAGUUCGACGAAUAGACUUGAUUACUGUUCUUAUUCUAUAUCAGUGCGACUUCUGCUGCUGCAUAGCCGCUGAUGGAAUUUUACAUUGGGUACACUCUAAUAAAUAUUUACCGGUAAUCGCCCGGCAUUACAUAUUACUGGGAUAUAGUUGUGAACUUUUAAUGUGAUUUUAGGGUAAAGAUUACUAGAAUUUUCGGUAAAAUCGCUGCUUUACCUGUGGAUUUUACAGAAUAUACAUAAUGUAUGAUUUUCCCCCUAAAAUUUUUGUGUGAAACUUGUCGGUGUCACAAUAUCAAUUAUCUGAUUUUCAUCGCGCUCUCGUUGUCUCAGUCAACUUCAAUACACAAAAACAAACGCGCAGACUGACAUGCUUGCUCGUGACAAAAAUACAUGAACAGUAGCUCGGAAUAUCAAUCAAUCUCAGAACAAAAGAUUGCGCUGAAGGUGAGGUAUUCAUUCACAUUGAUUGCAAAACCUGCAGGCUGUAUCUUCCUUUGGUUUAGGCUAGGUUAACCCGAUUUAUCGUAUGCAAUAUUCAGGUAAAACUAUACACAGAUGUUAUACUAGUAUUAUGCAUCUUAAAUCGAAAAUCUAAAGAUGGUAAUCGAAUUAUGGUAGCAUAACUAAAAACUUACAAAUGCAUUUUAAAACUUUCCAAUGUCCAAAUUGUCCGAAAGUCCAAUGUUUACGGUCUAUGUUAUUUUUAGAUUCUAUAGGAAAAAGAUUCGUGAAUCGGUUCGUACGUUCGUAUAAUUUACACGAUAAGCGGAAUUCGUUAAUUGAUAAAAAGCACCCAAUAGCAAGCAUUCGUUACUUGAUCAACAAUUUUGUUUGCCAUUGUUCCAAUAUCUUAUUAAAGAGCAAUAGUGAAACUACGACUUUAACUCACGGAUAAAAGAAUUGUGGAAAGAUUAUUGAGGUCUGUUUUGAGCAUACGUUUAAAUUAUAUGAGAUAAUUAGAAUUGACAGAAUCCGGAUCCGGCCCGCGGGCCGUAGGUUGCCGACCAUUGGCGUCUCUUUACUUAAAAAGUUUCUGAGUGUUUGAGUUCCUGUUUAGAUUUAAAUAUUAGUUUUAAGACAAGACGUAUUAACCUGAAAAUUAUGCUUAACAUCGUAUAUUUUGGUUUCUUGAUGACGGCUGUAAUAGUUCAGAGUUCUCCGUGCACACGAAUUGAAGAGGAAGAGAAAUGUGUUAUACCUGUUCUUGAUGAGAUAGACUGGAACAGGCUGCCCGGAACAUGGUAUCUCACCAUGAAUAUAAAGGAUCCGGUUGAGCAAACUGCUUCAUGUUUUGAACUUCGUGAUAUCAGAGAUACUGACAGUGGAGUUUAUAUUGAGUUCCGGGAUAUUCAUGUAUUUCCAAACAAAUCAAAAAUCCACGGUACCGUACCAUUUCAUUGGAUCCACAUGCAUGAUUCAAUCGUGAAGUCAGAUGAAAAUUACGAACUUUUGUUCAUUGAGGAAAUUAAAAAGUACGGUGGAGACCAGGAAGCAAUAGCUGAUAUCAAAGAAGUGUAUAAGCAACCUAUGUCCUGCAUGACAGAUUACAAAAAUCAACUAAUUUGUUUUGAAUGUUAUGAAGACGGAACCAGACACGUUUGGGUACAUACCAAAAGUCCUCGACUGAAUGCAGAAGAUGUAUUGAAUAUUCGAAACGAACUAAUUGAACUUGGAGGUGGAUGGAGCGAAGUCAAGCUAUAUCUCAGUGGUUGUAGCAACUUGUAAACGUUGGAUAUUAUUGACUAAAUUAUUUAAUCAGAAACGAUAGCAGUUAUUUAAACAUACCUUAUUUUUCUUUUAUGUAACAUUCGCUUCCAAUUUAGAAUCCAUAAUUAAAUGUAUCACUCGCAUUAUAUACCGGUAUAUAAUAUACGAUGUUUAGAAAAA